CUGCCCACUUUCUGCUGAUGGCCUACAGUGGCAUGAAAAAGUAGAUGGUCUUUAUUUUGAAAAAAGCCAGGAAGUAGAGGAGGUGGAGGAGGAAUCCCCAAGUGAGAAGCAAAUAAAGAAGAGCCCUCCUCCAUCUUCAGAAAGAAAAUCUCUUAAGCUAACCAGGAGCAGAUCUUCAGAAAAGUCCUUGGACCUGAAUGAGAAUGAAAAUCUUCCUGAGAAGAGCAGUGCCUCAGAUAGUGAAGAAGCAGUGAAGGAGCCUGUCUCUGAGGAUGAUGUUUAUGGGAGGCUUUUUAUAAACAGAGUUUUCCACAUCACUGCAGACAAGAUGUUUGAAAUCCUUUUCACCAAUUCUCACUUCAUGCAGAGGUUCCUCAGUUCCAGGAGUAUAGUAGAUGCUGUAUCAACCCCUUGGAAUAGAGAUUCCAGUGGCAAUCAGUUGAGGACUUUGACAUACACUGUAACAAUUAACAAUCCACUUUGUGGGAAGUUCACAACUGCAACUGAAAAGCAGAUCCUGCAUAAGCAGAGCCAGAAAGGUCAGUCCUACCAGGUGGAUGCUGAGGUGCUGACCCAUGAUGUCCCCUACCACGACUACUUCUACACUGUGAACAGAUACUGCAUCAGCCGCACCUCCAGCCACAAGUGUCGGCUACGGGUUUCUGCAGAAGUGAAGUACAAGAAACAGCCCUGGGGCCUUGUCAAGUCUGUAAUUGAGAAGAAUACCUGGGGAGGAAUACAAGAAAACUUCAAACAACUUGAAUCAGAUCUCCUCCUGGAGGAAUAUGCAAUCAAUCAAUCUAUAGAAGACUCUGGGAAAUUAGUUGCCCUGAGGCGAAGGCGACGCACGUUGCACAGGGGCCUGGCAGAGUCCCUUCCCAAACGUUCUGCCCAGCACUCCCCUGGGGACCUGGGAGUGGAGCCACAGGGCACCAUAACAGGAAGGAAAAGAGAUGCUGUAAGUAGGACCACCACCAUCAUUGUAGUAAUGAGUGUCUUUUUGCUGCUCUUGGUCUUGCUGAAUAUAACACUGUUUCUCAAACUCUCAAAGAUAGAGCAUGCAGCUCAGUCCCUCUAUCAUGUCCAGCUUCAGGAGGAAAGCUCUUUGAACAUAUCCCCAGAAAUGGUAUCAAAAGAGGAGAUCCCUCACUAUGAUAAAGAACAGGUUAAACACAUGAAGGGUGUUCUAAGAGACUCAAUUGAAAAGCUUGAGCAGCUAAAGAUCUCCCUUUCCAUGCUCCAGAGAAGCUUCGACCACCUGAACAGGACACAGAGCAGCAAGACAGAGAGUUAA